GAGUUCAUAACUUUUCCCUCCUCCGGUGACUUUAUCCACGUUUCACGUUUUUUUUUCAUUCUCACACUUGGACGCACGAGCGAGUGGACUAACAAUCACUUCGACUGCAAAAGGUGGUCGAAAAGCGUCACCCUCUCAUACACGCGCGCUGUAUUUUUCUCUAUUCAGUUUUUUUGGAUGCCGUGAGUGACGCUCCGGCGCGCGUGUGAGUUUGUGACAGAGGGCGCGAUGCAGGCGCGCUACCCGGUGCCCAGCCCCAGCUCCCUGGGCGUCGUGCCGUACAUCACGGGCGAGCAGGGCUACUACCGGGCAGCAGCGGGCGGCGGCGGGGGCGCGAGCUACACGGGCAUCCCGUCGCCCAUGAGCGUGUACACGCACACGGCGCACGAGCAGUACGCGUACGGGCCGUACGUGCACCAGCAGCAGCACCACCAGCAGCACCCGCAGCCGUGUCCGCUACAGCCUAAAGACGCGGUGAAGCCCCCGUACAGCUACAUCGCGCUCAUCACCAUGGCCAUCCAGAGCUCCGCGGAGAAGAGGGUGACGCUGAACGGCAUCUACCAGUUCAUCAUGGAGCGCUUCCCGUUCUAUCGCGAGAACAAGCAGGGCUGGCAGAACAGCAUCCGCCACAACCUGAGCCUCAACGAAUGCUUCGUCAAGGUGCCGCGGGACGACAAGAAGCCUGGCAAGGGCAGCUACUGGACGCUGGACCCGGACUCGUACAACAUGUUCGAGAACGGCAGCUUCCUGCGGCGCCGGCGGCGCUUCAAGAAGAAGGACGCGGCGCGGGAGAAGGAGGAGCGCGCGCCUCGCCGCGAGGAGCGCCACGAGCACGAGGAGGAAGAGCAGGAGGAGAUGAUGGGGGCGAUGAAGAAGGAGAAGGAGAAAGAGGAGGAGGCCCGCAGAGCCGUGGUGAAGCUCGGAGAGGUGAAGACGGAGAACGGCGCGUGCACGCCGCCCCAGACGCCGCACGUCGCCUCCACGCUGCUCGCGUGCGUGACUAAAAGCGAGAGCCCGGAGGCCGGCAGCCCGCGCUUCAGCACGGCAGACGGCGUGGCCUCGCUUCCCGCGCACUACAGCCCGCCCUGCGGAGGCCUGCCGGCGGCGUACGCGUACGCGGCGGAGCGCGCGCACGAAGACGCAGCGGCGGCCGCGGGAGGAGUGCCGGAUUACUCGUGCCACGAGGCGCGCCAGAGCCGGAUUGCGCCCUGGUGCCUGGGACAGAGCGCGAGCGUGAUGGGAGGACAGCAGCAGCAACAACAGCAGCAGCAACAACAAGGGGGCUUUCCCAGCUUCCAGGCGCUAAACGGGUCGUCGCCGGUAACCGGCUGCCAGAGCGCUUUCCCCGCAGCGCCGCCGCCGCUCUACCGGGGCGCGGGAGCAUUCGUGUACGACUGCAGCAAGUUCUGAUUAAACAAACAAAACACAUAACCGCCUCUCUAAAGCGGGACUGCAAGGGCGCGUGCGGUUUAUAUUCUAAUAUUAAACGGAAGGGUUGGAGUCGGAGUUGGAGCGCGCGCUCCGCUGCGUGGCCGCGGUGAGUAGAGGAGGCUGAAGGCGCUCUCUGGAGUUUAAGCGGACUCCCCUCCACACUCCUCAGCACACUUAAUUUAUUCACAACAGCAGGUUCUCCACAGAUGAAAUACCAGUACUAUUUAUAUAAUUCAACACGGAACGGGACUGUAUAGAAAACCAAACAUUUCUU